AGCAACACCGAUAGAUGAGAUCAUGAGUUCGCUCCUAAAACCUCGUCUACGGAUCGAAACGCAUCUCUUCGCUCCCUUUAUUAGCGAAACCCUAGCCAAGGGUUUCCGUUUCCUCUAUUCCUCUCUUCGAAACCCUAGAAUUUCGAUCCCCUCUUCUCCAAAACUCUGCCCAGGGUUUCUCCUUUUUUUUCCACUUUUUUUCUUGCAGACAUGCCAAGACCUCCUGUCAAACCCUAAUCGGUGAUCUCCGGUCUUGAAGAGAUGCAGAGCUUGGGAGAAUUCAAGCUGCCGGCUUUUUUCAACUAUCCUCCUUAUUUCACCUUGCAGCCAGUGAGGGAAACUCGUGAGAAGCAAGUACAGUUGUGGAAAGAACUAAUUCUUGAUUAUUGCAGAAAUCAAAAGGUUUUUCGAGUAGGAUUAGAGGAAGACUUUCCUCUAUUUACCAAUCUAGUGAUUGAGAGAUCUCUCAGCCAUGAAGCAAAGGAGCUAUUUCUUUCUACACUGGUUAAUGAAGGUCGUGCUGAAUGGAUGGAUAAAAGACAUAAAAAAUGUCUUAUCCUUUGGAUGGGGAUUCAAGAUUGGGCUGAUUACAUUGUAAAUUUUGUGAAAGAAAAUGGAUUUGAAGAUAGUGUCAUGACUGUUGAAGAUAUACGCUCAGGAUUCGAGUCCCGCGGAACUGAUCUUGCUGCCAUUGACCAUACCGUGCUGAUGCGUGCUUUGAGAUUACUGGAACAGAAGGGUAAAGCCGUAAUUUUUAAGGGAACUUCAACUGAUGAUGAAGGAGUAAAAUUCUCUGUCUGAUUGCAGACACUAUGUUCAUUAUCACCUUUCGAAUUCUUUCAACAACCAUCUACAUAGCUGGCUGUGAAUGAGUGCUCUGCUGAUUCAGUACACCCAUGCUCCCACGGUACUAAUAUUUACCUAUUCACCUGGUUGGGUAAUACUAUCAUGAAUUCUGUUUGUAUCCGCGCUGUGACAUCUUCAACUUUAAUAUUAAGAGCCAAAGUGCUAAAUGCAUUUCAGCAUCUCAAGAACUCUGUUACUCCUAGAACGAACCAGAGAUUCAUGAGUGUGUUCCACUCUGAUGGUUUGGAUCUAAAAUAUGUUCAUCCUAUAUUCACCAAAGUGUAAGACUAGUACUGUGUUGCAUUGGCAUCCCACUUGAGAAACCCACCCCACUUGGUUUGCCUUCAUGGAUGGCUCUGCCCUAUUUGGGUCCACCUUCCAAAACAUUUGAUGGUUCAGUGCUGUGUCUGCACUCCUAUCAUCUGUUCUGUUUCCAUUUCUUAUCAGUAUGCUUCCAAUUCAAGUAUGUUUGAUUUGCACUGAAA